GCGAAAUAAUCAUGAAUGAUCAACACAUUUUGUUUGUUUAUUUUCAUGAUUUUCUUUAAUUUUUGUUAACACAUUUGCUCGGGUCCACUUUAAAGUUGUUUAAUAUUAAUUAAUUUAAAACUAUCCAACACAAUGUCACACAGGUUGUCAUGAUCCAUUCAAUUUUGUAUCGUUCCGCCAAAGGGGCACGAUUUUCUUACCGGUUUUUUUAACUCAUGAACGAUUUGUUCUAUGCUGUUUUAAAUUCAAAUUUUAACAUACUGAAUUUUAUUAUUGUAGACUAUGAACAACUCUAAGUCCACAAAUAUACCAAAAGCAGAAUUCUCUGUCCGUAUUGUUGUUUGUGAUCAUUACUUGACCAAACCUGAUCCGAGCCUUGACGUUAUUUAUUCUGACUUCAGAGGUACAGACAUAAAACAGGUUCCAAUCCUAAGAAUAUUUGGACCUGCAUUGGAUGGCAAGAAAGCAUGUAUCCAUAUACAUGGUGUUUUUCCAUACUUUUAUGUACCAUGUCCAUCUACAAAUCCUGAACCUCAAUUUCUCUAUCAAAUAGCAGCUAGCUUAGACAAAGCUUUAAAUAUUGCUUUGAAACAAGCAACAUCAACAAACCAACAUGUUUACAAGAUAUCACUGGUUAAAGGAUUACCCUUUUAUGGAUACCAUGACAAAGACCACUUAUAUCUUAAAAUUUUUCUGUACAGUCCUAAUUUGCUAAAACAAGCUGUUGAAUUAUGUAGCAAUGGAGCUAUUCUUGGACAUGUGUUGCAACCACAUGAAUCUCAUCUUAACUUUACCCUGCAAUUUUUUAUAGAUUUCAAUCUUUUUGGUAUGAGCAAUAUUGACUUACAAAAUGUUAAAUUUCGCAAAUCAGGAUUAUCACAAAAUAGUAAUGAACCUAUACAGAGUUAUGAUAAUGAUUGUCUGAAACCUGAAAGUAUAUGCUUCUAUGAAGUAGAUUGUAUGGCUUCUCAUAUUAUUAAUAAGCAAAGAAUAGGUAAAGGAGAUGGCAUAGAAAAUCCUGGACUAGAAGAAGUGUGGAACCAAGAGAAUGAAAGACGAAAACAAUUAAAUAUGUCUAUUGCCUCAAAAUCAUUGUCCCAGGGGAGAAUUGGAGCAGAGGAGACAGAAUCACACUACAAAUUUCAACAAAUGUGUUUGAUUAAAUUGUCAGGAGCAAUUGAUAAGCCUGUAGAAACUGAGUCUGAAGAAAAAGUGCAAUCUGAGAAGAUAUAUUAUCCAGCUGAAAGUCUAGAUGGUACACAGUUAAUUGAUGCAGUGGACCUAAGUAUACACUUACCUCAUAAACAAACUCCUGUUACUUUUGAUGAGACUUUAAGAGGCAACUUAGAUGAAACCCUUACUGGAGACAUGAAUGAUACCAUUGUGGAUGAAGAUAUUGCUUUAAACUGCAGCUUACAUUAUAGUCAGGUAUUGUUAAACAGUGAAGACUUAGAACUAGUUGACAUGUUACAAGAUAUGGAUGAAAAUGUAAAAGAUGAGGACAGUGUAAUAGGAACUCCAGCAGAAGGCAACAAAGAUGAAGAAGUUGAAUUAGAUGAUGCUGAAUAUUCACAAAUAUUUAAUGAGGAAACUAUAAUUAUGGACUUGUUUAAAAAUGAUGAUAUUUGUGAAGACAAUUCAUCAGAUUGGAAUGAUUCGUUUUGGGAACGCGCCAAUAUAUCACAGCUUGAUGGAACAUGCGAUGAUGAUCAUGUUAAAAAAGUAAGAAAAAGAAAAAUGAGACCAUUUAAAUUAGGAUUACCGCGCCCCAAGAAAAAUCAUAGUGAAACUAAUUUUAAAGAACAUCUCAUUUUAAACAUGAGUGACACAGAUGAGAUUAAUGUUUCUCGAGAAACAAUUGAUAAUAUAUCUAGUUUGCAUCUUAAAAAGUCAAUAAAAUCAGAACCUGAAAGUAUUUUGCAAAAUUCUACAAAUAGUACAAAUGAAAUAGAUAACAAUAAAACAGACAAUGAAUCAAUUUCAGAAUUAGUUAAUAAAAUAUCAAUAAAACAUGAAAGUGUUAUAUAUAAAGCAGCUGAAUCUUAUGAUAUACAAAACAAUUUUGUUCCUACAGCUGGAACCUCUACAGUAAACCAUGUUAAAGACAUUUCUUUUAACGAUUCUUUUGAAUCCUCUGUAGAUGACAAUAAUCUCGGAGUUAUAAGUUUUUAUGACACCUCAAAGUUAUUUGAUGUGUCCCUAGAUCAUGAUAAAAUUGAUAAUGUAACUACUUCUGUAAAUUCUGAGAAUCAUAUAAAAGCAGAGAAUAAGUCAAUGUCAGAAAUAAAGUACAGGGAUAAUUCUGAAUAUCAUGAUUGUGUUAUUUUGACACCAAAAAUAAGACCACCAACAAGACAGUAUGUUGUGUCUAGUCUUGAAAAAUAUAGCAUUCCGAAAAUAAAACAUCCUCAACCUUACUAUUCCGAUCACAAAGAUGUUGGUGACAAAAUAGAAUUAGGUCAAAUGAUAUUAAAGUUACAUAGCAAGAAAGCUAAGGAUCAAAAACCCUUCGACAAAGUGCUGGAUACAACGAGUAUAGAGGAAUGGCGUCAAAUGCUAUUUUUACAGACAAAUGAUAUGUCUGAGGAGUCUUCGAAACCCGAUGCUCUAAAAUUAUUGUUAGCAGGAAAUAAGAUUACAAUCUUACAACCUUUAAUAAAUCCACCUACAAGAAGCCAAGUUAGUAAUUGGAUAGAAAAUAAAAAACAGAAAGAACUAAAUGUUAAUACAAUUAAAAAUAUUGAUGUUACUAAAAAUUUGGACGAAAUAGAUAAUUCACAAGUUAUAGGACUUAAUGAAGAUGCAGUCAAUAGUACUGUUAGCUUAGAAAGUAAUGAUAAGGAAAAAGUAUAUGAAAACAAUAGUCUCCAAGUAACAAUGCAACCCGACGGAUCUUUCUUAUGUUUUGGAGGCAGCGAUAAUCAGAGAGAUAGUAUCACGGAUACCCCAGCAGUUGAAGUGGAUUUCCUAACUCUGAUGCUCGCGGAAGUAUUCACAACAGUACGAGGUGAUUUACAUCCCGAUCCAUCGGCAGACGCGAUACAAGCUAUAUUCAUCAUGGUUACAAAUGACUGUCCUGCAAACCAUGAUCUUGUCAGAUCAAUCACAGAAAUUAUAGUAGUUGAUAAUACACCACCACCAAAAUUGUUAGACAGAUGUGUUUUUGACUCUAAAGUAACUUACGUAAAUAGUGAAAGUGAUAUUAUCACAAAGCUUAUUGAUUUAGUAAAAAAACACGAUCCAGAUAUAAUGUGUGGAUAUGAAAUCGAUACAAAAUCCUGGGGUUACAUUUUGGAGCGAGCCCAAGUACUGGGUAUGGAAAUAGUGAGGGAAAUAUCUCGAAUAACAGAGAAGUGCAGGCAAAAACGAUGGAGGAGUGAUGACAACGAUUUCGAGGGAAAAAUAAUCGGAAGGAUAACAUUCAACGUAUGGCGCUUGUUCCGCCACGAGCUAGCGCUUUCUAGCUACAGUUUUGAGAAUUGUAUGUAUCAAAUCCUGAAUGAGAGAGUUCCAGAGUUCAGCUUUGCUCAACUAGCGGCUUGGUGGAAUGAGGAAUCAAGGAUUCUUAGAUGGAUAACAGUGGAAUAUUAUUUGACAAGAUUAUCAGGAACUAUACGAAUGUUAGAGAAGUUGGACAUAAUAAAUCGCACUUCUGAACUGGCGCGUCUAUUUGGGCUGCAAUGGUGGGAGGUGCUCUCCCGCGGCUCGCAGUUCCGUGUGGAAUCACUGAUGCUGCGCGCCGCCCGGCCUCUGAACCUCAUAGCGCUCUCACCCACCGUCAAACAAAGAGCGGCUAUGCGUGCACCCGAAUGUCUUCCACUUAUAUUUGAACCAGAAUCUCGCUUUUACUCAGAUCCUGUUAUUGUACUGGACUUUCAAAGUCUAUACCCUUCAAUGAUGAUUGCUUACAACUAUUGCUUCUCUACUUGCAUCGGGCGUGUGCAAAAUAUUAAUGGUGAUGCCGCGUACGAAUUCGGCGCAUGGCGUUUACGAAUACCAAAGGCGAAACUGGAAGCCCUAAUCAAGAAGGGUCUAGUGCACUGGUCCCCUGUUGGAGUGGGCUUCGUGAAGACAUCGGUGCGCCGCGGAGUAUUACCUGCCCUCUUACGGCGUAUUCUAGCCGCCAGACAAGCUGUCAAGAAGAGCAUGAAAAUGCAGACUGAUGAGGCGAUCAAGAAGGCGAUGCAUUCACGCCAACUGGGUUUGAAACUAAUAGCAAACGUGACGUACGGCUACACGGCGGCAAACUUCAGCGGGCGUAUGCCGUGCGUGGAGGUUGGAGACAGCGUCGUCUCUAAGGGCAGGGAGACCUUAGAGCGAGCUAUAAAGCUGGUUCAGAAUAACAAGCAGUGGAAUGCUAAGGUUAUCUACGGCGACACGGACUCGAUGUUCGUGCUGGUGGCGGGCGGCACGCGAGCGGACGCGUUCGCGCUCGGCCAACAGAUCGCGGAUGCCGUCACCGCGGACAACCCUUCACCCGUCGCACUCAAACUGGAAAAGGUAUACCAGCCUUGUAUACUGCAAACGAAAAAGCGAUAUGUGGGCUACAUGUACGAGAGCCCUGACCAAGAGAAGCCAGUGUUUGAGGCUAAAGGAAUAGAAACAGUACGCAGAGACGGCUGUCCAGCGGGUGUUAAAUUGCUGCAGCGGUCGCUGUGCGAGCUGUUCGACACGGGGGAUAUGUCCCGUGUUAAGCGCAUCGUGAUGAGCACGCUGUCCCAGCUGGCGAGCGGCGCGCUGCCGCUGCCGGAGCUGUUCUUCACGCGCGAGUACCACGGAGCGAACGGCUACCGGCCCGGGGCCACCGCGCCGCCCAACGAGAUCGCCAAGCGAAUAGCGAGUUCGGACCCGCGUGCGGCGCCUGCUCGCGGCUGGCGCGUGUCGUGGGCGGUGGCGGGCGGCGCGCCGGCCGAGCCGCUGUGGCGCGCGGCGCGCAGCGGCCGCGAGCUGCGGCGGCGCCGCGCCGCGCCGCUCGUCGCCUACUACGCCGCGCGCGUGCUGCUGCCGCCGCUGCACCGCUGCCUCUCGCUACUCGGCGUCGACGUAUUCAAAUGGUGGGCAGAGUUGGGGUACAAUCGCGUGUCGCAGCCAAGCCGGCACGCGGUAGCGAGUGGCAUCGCGCGCUACAUGUGGCGGCGGCGCUGCGCCGCGUGCGGCCGCCGCGCCGCUCGCGCCGUGUGCACCGAGUGUGCGAGCGGCGCCACGCCUUCGGCCGCCACAGCUGCGCUCGCCGCAAGGCUAGCUACCGCACAUGCGCACCUUCAAUAUUGUACAAUGAUAUGCAAUUCAUGCUGUGGGCACACUCAGUCUAUCUAUUGUGAGAACACAGAGUGCCCUGUGCUGUGGCGACGACUUACUGCACAAGAAAAACUUGCCGACAUAAAAGAUGUUGUUACACAUUUACCAUCCCAGUUUAACAAUGAAAGUCUAGAUUUUUGAUGUAGUCUGUCAGGGCAAAUAUCAAUAUUAGUUCUGGUGUAGAUACAACAUUGCUAUACGAAGGAAUUUUAUGAAUGAAUAGAGUUCCUUUAUUUAAAUCGGACUUUAUCCAAAGUUCUAAUGUUCUAUAAUCUUACUUAAUUCUGAGUCAAUCAAAAAAUUAUCUAAUAUAAUAAAAAUGUAAAACAUGUCACAAAAGAAAUUAAAAGGUUAUUAAUGUUAAAUUAUGAAAUAUUAUGAUAUUUUUAAUAAAUUUAUUAUACAUGAA